CACUGGCCUUCUUUAUUAUUUUCUAAUUUAAAGCCACCGAUUAGGACUCUUUAUUUUCAGUUUUGUAAAUUAAAUUAAAUUUAAUUGAUCAGGGCCUCUUCUUCAGUCUACGGUUUCUUUGUUCAACCAGGUCAUGCUUUUGAGGUCUUCAUUGAAAAAUCUAGGACAGACUUAUCAAACAUGUGUGUUUUGCACGGGCAGUGAUCGACAGUUUUAUAAGCUCUGGAGGGAGAGAACCCAUUUGAUAGUUUUGGUGAAGAGGUAUAGCUGUAGAAAAUAUGGGGCUGUUGGAUAUUUUCAUGACUUGUUGCAUCAUGAGCCUGCUGAACUUCUCAAAUCAAGAUGUUUUCAUUGUCUAAGUUUCAAAAGAGACCGGAGAAUGGUUCAUAAAGGUGAUUUGGUUGUUAUUGGAAUCUCUGUUGGUUUGGCCCUUGGUAUCUUGAUCGCUUCACUCAUAUUUUUCGGCAUAUGGUGGUACAAGAAGCGUUCUAAUCUCCGACAGUGCUCAAAUGAGCGUAUUCUUCCAACUCUUCCAAUACGCAUGAAUGGCUUGGGGACAAGCAAUGACUUUAGUGCAUCCCUUGCAAGUUCUAUUACCAUCCAGGGAUCAGAACACCCUCAGAAAAGCUCUCCGGUUUCUUCUUGGUGGAAUCAUCACAGUAAAGAUCAGUUUGCUUCUUCAUCAGGCAUACUUAGAUACUCUUACAAGGAUAUACAGAAAGCUACACAAAAAUUCACAACUGUUUUGGGACAAGGUUCGUUUGGUCCUGUAUAUAAAGCUGUCAUGCCUACUGGAGAAGUAUUAGCUGUAAAGGUUCUUGCUUCUAACUCAAAGCAGGGGGAAAAAGAGUUCCAAACAGAGAUUUCUCUAUUAGGAAGGCUGCAUCACCGCAAUCUUGUGAAUUUGUUAGGAUAUUGUAUAGAUAAAGGAAGCCACAUGUUGAUCUAUCAGUUCAUGAGCAAUGGAAGCUUAGCAAACCACCUUUACAAUGAUGAAGAGCGAUUUUUGAGUUGGGAAGAAAGACUUCAAAUUGCUCUUGAUAUUUCGCAUGGAAUUGAAUAUCUUCAUGAAGGGGCAGUCCCACCUGUUAUACAUCGUGAUUUGAAGUCAGCAAACAUAUUGCUGGACCAGUCAAUGAGAGCUAAAGUUGCUGAUUUUGGACUUUCAAAUGAAGAGGUCUUCGAUGAGCACAACUCUGGCUUGAAAGGUACUUAUGGCUACAUAGAUCCAGUGUACGUAUCCACAAACAAGUUCACCGUGAAGAGUGACAUCUACAGUUUUGGUGUUAUCAUCUUCGAACUUAUUACAGCCAUCCACCCACAUCAAAAUCUAAUGGAGUAUGUUGAUCUUGCUGGUAUGAGUCCAGAUGGUGUUGAUGAAAUACUAGACAAGAAGCUGGUUGGAGAAUGCGACAUUGAAGAAGUGAGGGACCUAGCUGCCAUUGCCCACAAGUGCCUGCAAAAAUUCCGAAGGAAGCGACCUUCAAUAGGAGAAGUUUCACAGGCUAUAUUGAAGAUAAAACAAAGGCUCCUCGAUAAGGACAUGUCUAAAGAAUUUUCACGAGUUCUAAGCAGGAUAGAGGAUCAACAGGUGGAGUUGAGUAGGAUGGCCAGCAUAAAAGAUGGCGGCUGAAUGCGCAGAGUAUCCUUUUGAUCAAGGGCGUAGGCAUGUUAAAGAGGUGGAUAUGCUAUUGCCCAGGUAAAGAUUUUAUUAAUGUCUUUUUAUUAGU